UUCACGUUCCAACAACAACAACAAAUUCCUUUAAUUCAUUUUUACUUAUUUUAUAUUGUGCUGAAAGUUAAAAAUUAAUAACUCCAUGUAAAUGGGAGGGUUGGUAAACAAACAUACCAUCUAUCCAUCUAUAACAAAUGAGUGUCGUUAAACAGUCAUCCAAGCAUAGAUACGAGACUGCACAAUAACAACAACAACGAAAAUAAUGUAUUAAAAUUUUCGGGAUAGCAGCAAAAUUGAAAAAUUAUUGUCAGAGGUGGGUGAGCGGAGGGUCGUCGGUGGAUAAUCAACAUCAUCAUCAUCACCACCAACGAAAAAAGUCAAUUUCUUUUGUCGUUGGCACAACCGCAAAUUUGUUGCCCUCAAGUAUUGCCUAUUAUUUGCUUUAAAACUUAGAAGGCAUUAGAUUCUGCUGUGCGUGCCCACCGCCUGGCUGCCUAUCUUCGAAAUAAGGGCGUUUGCAUUUGUUGACCGGAUAUAAGCGUUAAUUAUUUAUGCUGUCAACGUCGUUGCUUGUAGCCAUUACAAACUGAGCUAAGGAACUUGUUUAUAUACAGCAAAGAGAACAAUAACAACGGCCUAGUUAUGACGUCUGCGUCCGACCAUCGUAAACGUAACACCUUCACCAGUUAUGUUGCUCCCCCAGCGGGCGAUGUUUCUUCUUUGGCCCCAGACGAUGAAUGGUGCUUACCGGGUGAUAUGCGGGACGUGCACUUGGCUAAACCCCGUUUGUUGCCUAACGAAUUGGUUGUGGCCUCUGCGCCGGCCUUUCUGUAUCCUGCAAUUUCUCCUAUUGACACCAGCCUAGAUGCGGAAGAUGUUAAGGGUUCUAAAGAGGCAGUCUUUGGCCUGUUGAGUGUAACGAAUUUCAAGUUGGCCUUUGUUCCUCUGCAAAGAGAGAGCUCUUUGUCAACUAUAUCCUCCUUGGCGCAGGAGCAUUUACUGUUGUCGCGCAACGACAUAACGCUAAACAACAUCGAUCAAAUAUAUCAGAUAGCAGAGACGGGAAAGGCUGUAAGUGCUUUACCGGGUAACGUUGGCAGGCGGAAAAAGAAACUUGAUGGUCAACAGAAACCAAUGAGUGGACGUAUUGCUGCUUUGCAUAUAAUUUGUAAAAACUUCAGGCUUUUGAAAUUUGCUUUUCAAUAUUCCAAAGGAGGCCGGGAUUGGGGAAAACAAAUUACAUCGGCGCUUGGGCGAUUUGCUUUUCCCACACGACAUGAUUUAAGUUUUGCCUAUUGCUACCAAGAACCAUACUAUUCGACACUUUCGAAGUCUGCCGUUAGUAUGUAUAUGACCAAAAAUGACUGGGCACGGGAACUCAUCAGAUGUGGUACUUCCAAUUGGCAGGUGAUUAGUUCGGAAUCCGAACCUUUGUUACAGCAUACCAGACUUUCGUCACGUUACACCUUGCCGCCACACUUUGUUAUUCCAAAGGCUUGUGAGGUGGAAAAAUUCUUGAAUUUGUCUUUGGCUUUCUGUGAUUCUCGUGCUGCUUUUUGGGUUUACGGCUAUGGAAACGCUUCGCUGGUGCGCCUUGCCGAAUUAAAACCUAGUAACCAACAGGACACUACCAGAGAAGAGAAUGUAAUGCUGGAAAUUGUACGAGCUGCAAAUGAUCGCAAAUCGAUUCAUUUAUUGCAGCUAACUGAUCGAUUGCCAUCUAUACUCGAUGUCCAAAAAGCCUACGAAAAGCUUAGGCGCGUUUGUGCUCCGGAAAGCCCUCAACAUUUUUCGGUGGAAGACUCCAAGUUCUUAAUAUUGCUCGAGAAAUCGAAUUGGUUGUUUUAUGUUUCCUUAUGCUUGCGCUAUUCAUGCGAGGCGGCUGACAAGCUGAAAGAAGGCUGGACUUGUGUUCUGCAGGAAUCGAAUGGCCGCGAUUUGUGCUGUGUUGUGUCCUCUCUGACGCAAAUCAUUCUUGAUCCAUUCUAUCGCACCAUUGAUGGUUUUCAAUCGUUGAUACAAAAAGAAUGGAUUGCUCUUGAGCAUCCUUUUCAACGACGGUUGGGUCAAAUACGACAGAUUGCUGAUUCCAAUGGGCCACAAGAAGAAAGUCCCGUGUUUUUGUUAUUUUUGGACAGUGUAUGGCAACUUCUACAGCAAUUUCCGGAAGAGUUUGAAUUUUCUCAGACAUAUUUAACAACGCUGUGGGAUUCGUGUUUCAUGCCCAUAUUUGACACCUUCCAGUUUGAUUGCAAUUCCGAUCGCUUUAGAGCAGUAAAAGACCAGCAACUGAUAUUACGACCCGUCUGGGAUUGGUCUGAACAAUUUCUGGAUAAAGAUAAACUUUUCUUUAGCAAUCCUUUUUACCAAAAGCAAAAAACAGAAGUGCCCUGUCGUAGGUCAAUGGCUAUCCCAGCCGGCGGCAUAAUGUUACCCGGUUUAGCACGACCACCACCUCCAAAUUUACUCAGUCAACAACGAUCAACUAUAAGCCCUGCCAAUUUUGUUGCACAAUCUUCCAUACCAAAGGAUCGUUAUAUACAACCGGAUCAUCGUAUGCCUUCUUUGGCGAUAUGGGAACAAUGCUAUUAUCGCUGGAUGCCUAUACUGGAAAUAAAACGCGGUGGCUUCCCCCAAGUAGAACUGCAACAUCGUCUACUGUUAAGCAAUAUUUCCAAAUUACAAAGAUGUCUGGACUUGCAGGAGUUUGAUGACUUGCCGGAUAUUUACUAUGAAUUGACAAAGGAACCAAAGCCUAUGGCAGAGCAACAGCCCCAACAACAAGUACCCAUAACACCAGAACUAAUUGAUGGGGUAGAACGUCGUCGCCGUGUCUCUUUGCCUGCCACCGCUGUAGCAGCUUUAACACAAGACGGAGUUUGCAGCGUCUUACCCGAAAUUUCAUCGUUCUUUCCAUUUAGUGUUAAUACCGGAGAAACGCAACAAUUGAAUGACAUAUUGUCGAGUAGCCAUGAAUUCUUAUUGGAAGGAUCUAUAAUGGAUCGUUUAUCAAUUGCUUAGCCUUAAAUUUGAGAACUAUAUGCUAAAGAUAUCAAGGAUUUUAGCAAAGAAAUCUGUCAGCAAGAAAAUAAGAUCAUUUGUUACCUGUUUACUUGUUAUAAAUCGGUGUAAAAAUAUACAUAUAUUAUACUAGUUACUGCUACUACACCAUUAAUACAUACAUACAAUAUGUUUGUCAUAAGCCAAAAUAAUAACAAAUUAAUAACAAAAUACAUAGAGAAAACGAUAUAUUAUUACUACUACUACUACUAAAACUAGGCUUCUGCUUAACAAAAGAAAAAUAUAUAUAUAUAUAUUCCAAGAUAGAUACAUAUAUAUAUGAACUGGAUAGCUAAAAUCAAAUAAAGAGACAACGCCUAAACUAUUCCCAUUAUAAUGGUAUAACUUUUAUUCUAUAAUAGGAACAAAACAAGUAUUAAAAUCUACUUUUUUUUACAAAUGUAUUCAAAAUUUUACUACUUAAAAAAUUGCAAUUUUUUUUAAUAAUAAUUAGGCUUUAGUAAAGCAAGCAUAUGUUAUAUUCCACGGAGAAGGCAUUGCGAUAAACAAUAGCGUUUCCAAAAUCAAGUUUUUCAUCGAUUACGGUCUUGAAAAACAAACUCCAAAAAUAAAAAAAAUAUAUAUAUUUUUUAUACAUGAAAAAUAAUUCGAAAAGAGCUAUAAAAAUAAGUAUUAAGUUUUUUUUUUAAUGAAAGAGAAAAAAGCAGUUUAGUUUUUGAAUACGGGGCAAUCCAUUUGCUUUGAUAUUUUAAUCUUUGACUAAUAAUUUUUAACAAGAAAUCAAACCCUAUUAAAUAUCGUUUUAAUGCUAAUAUAUAUUACAUGUAAUACCUUUGUUAAUGUUUUUUAAAAUAAUUUUUUUUUAAUAUAAGUUUGAAAUUAAACAAAACCCACACACACCCAUACCCUUACACAAGAAAACAAAAUACGUAUUUAUUACAUAAAAUAAAACUAUUAUUCUUAUUAUUAUAUGAAAUAUACAUGAAAUGUAUAAUAAACGAAAAAUAUCAAACAACUUGUAUGCGAAGUGAGAUGAGAAAUUUUAAUAAACCUCAUAUAUAAAA